CCUAUGGGUUCCUUAUUAGUAGAGGGGCCAAAUUUCACCUAAAUCGUCUUUCUAAGUCGAAAGAUCAACCUAGUCUGGAAUAUAUCAUCAAUCACGUACUGCUUCCCCUCAAGUUGCCACAAGGGAGUGACCAAUCCCUCGAGAACGACAUGGCCUUAUCUCAGGCAGUAUUUGAUGCUGCUAUCACUUUCAGUGACCAGCUGCCGUCCGAUCAGCUGUUGCUUUGGAUGAGCAGCUUGAAAAUGCUUCGCAAUCUCAAGGAUUCAAUCAGAUUCAGCGUGAUGUCUGCAAAGGAAGUCGAAUCUCAAAUCAACGCUAUGGGCACUGAAGAUGUCCUUGUAUACAUGAUUCGCACACAAAACGCUGCGGUGGUCAUGAGAAAACUCGAAUCCGAGACCAUAUUCGAGUCAUUUGAGGUCUCUCCUGACCCCACCGCAGUGAUGGGCGCAAAGGGAAAGCUGAUUUGUUCUUAUCCUGGACCUGCUAUCACAGUUCCAGAUACGAACAUUGAUAAUGCCACCUUUGCCGCAGAGCUUGCGAAUUUUCUCGUUCACAUGGAUGAAGAUGUCCUUGAUGCGGCAGCGACGAGGACAAAGGCUAAAUCCACUGUUCUCGAAGAGAGGGACACCACACAUCCCAGAUAUAUCACGGAACUCCUGACUGGUAUACUGCGUGGCCUCGGGAGCAUCGCUGAUGUUCCUCGCAUCCGCAAGCGCAUCGGAGAUGAUGUGCUGUGGGACAGCGCGAAAUUGCCGUGGAGGCGGUCUCCGCUUUGGCUUGUCAUUCGCGUUGCCUUACAGACGACUCUGGAGCGCAGUGCUCUUGGACGAACGACGUAUAAAUCGUUCAUGCUGUUCUUCAUGGCGAGGCUCACCACCCUUGCCAUCGACCAUGACUUAUCGAAUGACAUCUUACACUUCAUGUCGGCAAAGAUCGCACGCCGUCUUUUCAAGCUUGGAUCCACCACUUCUCCGGAGUUGUCGCAGAUGGUCAGUAAGGUCACCAGUGAUGUAAGGAGUGUCCUGGAGGAGAGAUGGGGAUCUGUUCAGAACGUGCAACGGGCCUCGCCUCUUUGGGCUCCCGAGACCCUCCGAGUCUUGCGAGAUACCCAUCUUUCCUUGAACACAAGUCGCGAGUACAUACGCCAAGCUUUGCAGAACCAGCAUUCGUCCCCCAAAACAACCUCAUUCAAUCCCAGCCACCACAUGCGCGGCACAAUCGAUAAUUUCCUUGACGCCGAAGCUAGCUUCCUGGUAGCUGCUCAUGCCGCAGAACCCUAUCUUGCCCUCGCAGAUUUUGAGACCGCCAUUAGUUCAGGGAUCGACGACUGGGUGGCGCGCGUUCAAUUCCAGAGUACCGAUUCCGCAUGCGUCUCGAUUGAGGCGUGCGCCUCUGCGUACUCCUCGAGAGCGCUUAAGGCUUAUAAAGGAAACCCGGAGAAUUUAUCUAUCAUGCUUCUCACCCUUUUUGAGCUCUGGGUAGCCAUGGAUAAGAUCGUUGUUGGACAAAUUCCACUCCUGGCAGAAUACUCCCCUGAAAUCCCAUUGACACUUUGGGAGUGUCUUUUAAUCCGCAAAGCUUCUGGCCUUGAUCGUUUGAAGAAAUUGCACGCCUACCUGAAAGCUCGUCAUUGCCAGGCUUCUAGCCGUCUGUCGGCAUUCUCGUUUACCAACGAUCACAAGUCGUUCGCGGCGCGAUAUUUCCACCAGUCAUCCAAGCUGCGCAGUUUGAAGGUUCGCAUCGAGGCGGAUGGUCAGAAACAGCGGGAGAAGAAGUUGACCGAGCUUCGGACCCUAAACAAGAGGUACAGUGACCUAGAGACGCGCGCAGCAAGUUUAGCGCACGAAUACGGUGUCAACUCCCGCGGCUGGGAGUACCACAAGAAAAAGCGUUGUCAAAAGUGUCGCGUGGAGAAGGAGAUGCAAUCCAUGACGAUUACAGUUCACGAGUGGCCGCUACCAGAGCGUGAUCAGGAGGCGAUAGUGGUCGUCUUCGAACUAGCAUGCCCCACCGCGUUCGACAUGUGGAGAUCCAUGACAUUUCAUGUCUUCGUUGACAUCUGCACUCUAGAAAAGAUUUCGUCCACUCAUCCCUUCAUGACACUGCCAAAAUAUGAUGCCUUGCAGCAAUAUCGCACGUGCCAUCCAAGACAAAGGCUCACUUUGGCAUCCGAGGCCAAACCUUUCUCCAAGUGCCAUUACAGUAACACUCGUAUUCCUACGCAGGACACCAAAGUUUGUGUGAACAAUGGACUCAAAUUUCGGCCUUUCGAUACAACCACAGAUACGUGGGCGGCAGACGUACUACUGCGAUGCGACGCCACCAAGUUGUGUACUUUCCUUCUUCCAAAGGGACCAUAUGAUGGUUUGCAGCGGUAUCUUGCAGGGACAUCCCACACGUCAAACGAGGUCAUAGCCAAUCAGGCAGAUUGCCACAAGGACAUGACUAUACACGAAUUCAUCGCGUUCGGGUCCUUGCGAAGUGGACCACGUUUGCAAUGGAUGAACGUGCUACGUGAACUCCGUGCAAGGACGCUCAAUUUUCGACGUGAGGAGGUCCAUCUACUGUUGGCGCAAGCUGUUUCACAGGUCGGUCCAUUUUCGUCCGACGACGGCCUUAUUUGGCAUGAGGAGUUGAACAGCGUGCCUUUCCUUGGCGUACUACUCGGAGAGCUGGAGGAUUUGAUGGCGAGCGUCGAAGGGAAUUGGUUGGAAGCUGUCACGAUCGACACUACCGUCAUGCUUGUAUGCCGCGUCUUGUCCUCGACUCAGGAAGAGAGUAUCAAAAUUCGUGGAUAUUCGUUGCUUCGGAGGAUACGAACUGCGACUUUUACGUUGCUGACGCAACUAUCAGAGAAAUUGCAAGCUAGCAACGAGGAGACGGUCAGUCGGGAUUUACAGGGGCGCGUUCGGGAUAUGGCAGUCACCUGUCGUAGCACUUUCGAUGUCGACGGAGACGCUUCACUGCUCCUGAUGUCGAGCGAUGACAUCAAGGUAUUUGCAUAUUGUGCGGUCAUGAUUUAUGACAACACUCCAAGCCAAUUGGGCAAUCUUCCACAACAUUCCAAGCUACUGCUAGAGCGAGACAAGAGAUGCUGUCACGCAUUAGAACCAGCUAUUCGUCAAUAUGCAGAGCUUCACCGGGAGGGUCUUGAUUGCGCGAUAGCCAAGAUUUGGGGCAGUUACAGACCAGGAACUCCUUGGAGGGCACUGACGGCUCCAAAUUCUCGUUGGCUUGUGGCGCAGACUGCGCAAUCACAUUCCCAAUCACCACAGGACGUACACAUCAAUUUGAUUAGUGGAUGCUUGCUUGUUGGCGGGAAGCAGCUGGGCAGGCUCCCUUCGAUUAUAGUGCAACAUCCCACUUACCAAUCUAUUUUUGGCGAUCAAGUUCUGGACAUCGUUCCAGCUGAUAUUCCUGGAAUGGAAUAUGCGACACGCGGGAACCUCUGCGACCAUCAGGUGUCUUUCUCUCUCCGUGACUCGAACGAUCUCAUCAUCCGUGCGAAGCAUAUCAAACAUGGCUCACCCAUCCUCCAGCUCAUUCCGAGCCACAAAUUCGUGGAUGACCUACCGACAAUCUUGGUAGCAGGCCAUACUCAUUGGCUCAACCUUUCCACGAGGGAAAUCGAGAUUCGGCCAGCAGAAAAUGCGUGGAAGUCUUCACCUGAUAAUUGGGUUUUGCGAUUUUCUGUUUCGACGGUGCAGAAUUCCAGCGGUGCCACCCUUGUUGAUAUACGCAGCCAAACGUGGGACAUGAUCUCCAAGAGGUUGCGCCCUCUGGAGGAUGCACGCUUCAUCAUGGUCACACAUAAUAGAGCAUCCGGCAGCACUCCCUCGUUGAAGGCUGAUUUGCCUCGAUAUGGCCUCGAAUUCUUCAUCGAUGAGGAUGGGGAAUUGCAGUCCCGUAACAUGCGCAACAUGGUCGUUGAUGUCAUUCAGUCUACUGGCACCAUGAUGGGAUUAGUCAACCAACUCAUCUUGCGCCCAAAGUUGCAAGCUGCGGAUGAGCAUCCGCGCAUCGUCAUCAUCCCAGACGGUCGUAUCUCAUACUCUGCGAAUAGUCACCAUGUCCGCGUCACCAUCGCUCCUGAAGGUACUCGAGUGACCUACCGGUUGUACAGGGUUGAUACAGAUCUACGCUGUCUCACUGGGAACGUGGGUCUGACAAGCAAGCUCUAUCAGGCGCUCCUUCACGCUGUCACGAGCGGCUGUCUCCCUGAUCCGCUUACGGGCCGAACGGGUACAGAGGAGGCGUUGCAUCUCUUACAUUCCGCAGCUUGCCGAUCGUUUAUGAGGCUUCGCUCUCGUGACACAGAUCUUUUGCGCGAGAUCAGUUCGCUGUCAACCAGGCGCGUCUGGUAUCCCAUUCAUCUUCAGAAGAUGCAGACAAUUUCGUGGUCAUGUCUUGCGCCCCUUGCACAACACCAUGGCUUUCAUCCAGCCGCGAAAUCUAUCAUGGAUUAUGGCAUGCAGCUCUCGACUUUCUCAGAAGGGUCUGCAAACCUUCCGCUCACCUAUGGGCUUCCAAGAUUCACCAGCCACCUUCUUGAACGCGCGUCAGUUCGUGCCUCGGCGAUCUAUCCUGAUCAGUUCUCUCUUCCACUUCCGCUGGGUGACAAAGAUGUUAUCUAUGCUUCACGUGAUAUUCCCGACAAAGUCGCGGAAGAGAGGGCAUUUCGAACCGCCUUCAUGGUGCACAAGUGGCCAAGCAGACUUCCAGUGCAGCGGGAUCUCCUUAGUUUGUUGACUCAGUGGCAAAAUGUCGAGGGCGUUGGCGAGCCGCUCAGCUUGCAGUACUCCAAAGACUGGCUUCAACCAACUUUUCCCGACAUCUUCCUUUCUGCGUACGACCGUUGUCGUAGGGCUACAAAGAAAGAUAUAUCUCGACUGGUGUUCACCCUAGCUUCUGUAUCAUACAGCUUGUUGGAUGAUCAUGAGCUCGUACCAACACUCCUGGCCUUCGCCACAGUUCCUGAAAUUCGCAGCUUGGGAGGCCCACCAAAGUUCACGUCCUAUAAUCUCUCGGAUGGCUUCAUGCUGUCCGAUACGAUAUUGGACAAUAUCAUCAGUUCGUGCACCGAAGAUUACGAAUUCAGCCAGGAGAGAUACCUACCUGCAAUGCCCGAAGAAGAUGAAAAAACUCUAGGGAGGCGUCGUUAUUCAGCUUUCGAAGACAAGUGCUGCUCUGAAAAGCAAGUCAUUCUCAGCAAAGUUCGGGAUGCCUGGCCGUGCGAAGAUCCUCCGGCACUUAAUAAUACGCUGCAAGUGGACUGCUACAAUCUCAGUGAACUGUCAGGGAAACUUUCCCCAGUAUUUCGCAGCUGUUGGCGAAACCGUUGUCUGAAGCUACAUCUGGAUAGCCUGCAGGGUACCCUAAAACGGUUCUACACGCUAAAUCCUCCUUCGAAACUGCCCUCUCAAUAUGAUCUCGAUUCCCGCCCUGAUGACUCAGAUGUUGUAUCACCGGCCUCAUCCAUUAAUGCCCAGUACCUUUUCAAUCGAGAUGCGCCUGUUAUAUCCAUGCAUGCGCCUUCCCAAGUUCUUAGCGAUUUGAGUCGGAGAGAUUUCAUAUCUCCAGACUCCGGAGUCACAACGAAGUUGCAACAGCUGAUCAACGACUUUCGCGCCUCAGGAAGUGACAAGUUUCGCCGCAAAUACGCCGAUGAUCUGGACCGGAGCAGGUCAAUUUACUGUGACGAAAAGACGGUUGCCCUACCGGAUUCUACGCCAUACACGAUUGAAUUACUGCUUGAGUACCAUUCUCUCCAUAGCCGGCAAUUCCAAGAUUCACUCGCAUCGAUCUCACACGUCCUCUCUCCUACAUCUGCUGCUGAAAGCACGUUAUACAAUGCUGGAUUAUGGCCCCGAGUUACACCAAAUUUCCUCUUUACUCGCAUGGCUUCUGCAGCAGGAAAUUAUCUGGGGAAGGCUUGGCGUGCUACUCUUGUCCAGCUGUCUCAGAUACUUUUGCAACUGCAACGCUCGCGAAGGCUAUUGGUCUUUGCCGCUAACAAAAACUGGGUCGAGUUCUUCAAGGAGUUGGAGAGCGAAGAGUGUGAGGAAUUUGAUCCGGAGCUGUACCCUGACUGGCUUUUAAUACAGAUUGAAAGUCAGUUCUUGGCACGGCCAGUCCAGGUCAAGGUUGCGCUAGAGAUGAUGUCACCAUGCACAGGAGGAAAUACUUCGCUGCAGCUGAACAUGGGCGAAGGCAAAUCCUACGUGAUCGUUCCUCUCGCAGCAGCCGCACUUUCUGAUGGCCACAGACUGGUCCGAGUAAUCGUGCUGAAGUCGUUGUCAGCUCAGAUGUUUCAGCUCCUGGUUGAACGACUAAGCGGCCUUGCACAGAGGCGCAUUUUCUAUAUUCCAUUCUCCCGCGCACUCUCUAUCGACUCAUCGAAGGUGCAAAUGUAUCGUGACCUGAUGCAAGAGUGUAUGGAUGCCAAGGGCAUUUUGGUCGUGCAACCGGACCACAUUCUAUCGUUCCAGUUAAUGGCUAUCGACCGUCAGCUGCCCCCUCUAACUGAAGCUGCUGACCGUCAGCUGGCGCCCCCUCGGACUGAAGCUGCUGGGGAUAUGCUUCGGACUCAGUUGUGGCUUGACAAUCACACGCGCGACAUCCUGGAUGAAAGCGAUGAAAUUCUGCACGUCCGCUAUCAGCUGGUAUAUACUAUGGGCCUCCAAAGGUCGCUUCAAGGUCAUCCCGAACGGUGGACUACCACACAGCAAGUGUUAAGUCUUGUUGCGAAGCACACCGUCAGGUUCAUGAGCGAAUUUCCCUCUUGCUCAGAAGUGUCUGCUCACGAGCACGGAGUAUUCCCAUUCGUACGAGUUCUGCACCCGACAGCAGGUGAAGCAAUGGUCCAAUGGAUCGCACAAGAUGUCGUUGAUGGGGCACUUGACAACAUCAGCUUCGACCAAGCAUCUUUUCACGUGAAGCAAGCUGUCUGCCAGUUCAUCGCAACUGAGAAGAUCUCCAACACUUGUAUCAGCUUAGUAGAGAAGUGCUAUAAACACACUACGGUCUGGCCCGGCCUCCUAGUCUUGCGUGGACUGCUGGCAUGUGGUAUCUUAGUGUACGCCCUCAAAGAACGUCGCUGGCGCGUGGACUAUGGCCUUGCCCCAAAACGAACUAUGCUAGCUGUUCCAUUUCGCGCCAAAGAUAUGCCCUCGCUGCGGGCAGAGUUUGGGCAUCCAGACGUUGCUGUCAUCCUCACGUGCCUCUCCUACUAUUAUGGGGGUCUCACGCACCAGCAGUUGAUGUUGUGCUUCGAGCUCCUACUGAAGCAGGAUAAUCCUACCCUCGAGUAUGAAUCCUGGGUACUUGGACUUCAGUCCGUCCCAGAAAGUCUGCGCCACCUUAGCGGAAUCAAUACGGAAUCCGCAGAGCAGCUCCGUGACCUUCAGCAACUGUUUGAAUUCAACAAGGCGGUCAUAGAUUUCUACUUGUCCCGAGUAGUUUUUCCCAAGGAAGCGAAGGCAUUCCCCAGAAAGCUCACCUGCUCCGGGUGGGAUCUCGCUCAAAAGAAGAAACAUCUCACAACCGGCUUUUCUGGUACCAACGACAAUCGCUAUCUUUUACCAAGCUCGAUGGUGCAGCAUGACCUUGAUUAUCAACGUAGUACGAAUGCCCGAGUCCUAGCAUUCCUCCUGCGCCCAGAAAACAAUUGCUAUAGACCCAUACCGUCUGGCCAGAAGGUGCAAGAUUUCAUCGAUACCUUAAUCGCGCAAACCCCCGAGGUUCGCGUACUCUUGGAUGUGGGUGCACAGAUGCUGGAAUUGAAGAAUCAGGAAUUGGCCGAGGCAUGGCUUCGAGCCAAGCGCGACGCCCAAGCUGCAGUCUUCGUGAAUGACGACGAUGAAAUUGUCGUUGUCAGUCGGGACGGGACAGUGGAGCCCCUUGUGUCGUCCCCCUUUGCCCAGCAGCUUGACCAGUGCGUGAUAUAUCUGGACGACGCACAUACCAGAGGAACGGAUGUCAAACUUCCUUCCGGCUUCCGAGCUGCUGUCACGCUUGGUCCGAAAGUCACGAAAGACCGCCUGACGCAAGGAUGCAUGCGAAUGCGGAAGCUGGGCAAUGGACACUCAGUCAUGUUCUUCGCUCCGACGGAAGUUGACCGAAAUAUUCGUUCGGCGACUCACAAAACUGAUACCGACGAUGUCGACGUGGCAGAUAUCCUGCACUGGGCGAUGCUCGAAACUUGUCUUGACAUUCAGAUGCGUGCAUUCCAUUGGGUUCAACAGGGAUCGGAUUUCAACGCACGGCAUUCCGCAUGGACUCAAUUCUCGCGCGCCCCUGCCACUUCGAUUUCCAUUCUGGAAACAGCUUGGUUACAACCAGAGGAGCGCUCAUUGGAGGAUAUGUACGCACCACGCAGCCCUUCACAGGUAUUACCCGUUUGCGAUGCAGGCAUUCGAAGGAAGUGCGAGGAGCUCGGAGUUCAAAUGGGACCUGAAAGGAGCAUGGAUGAGGAACAAGAAAGGGAGGUAGUCCACGAGAUAGAGAAGGAACGUCAAGUUCAAAGACCGCGCAAAUUAAAGGCUGCAGCUCAGGACCUGCAUGUGCACGUUCGUCGAUUUAUCAAGACCGGCCGAAUUCCUACAGGGUCCCCCGCAUUCAUUCCAGCGCUAUCCAGCCUUGUCAACACUGCCGCUGAAUUUCAUGAGCGCGAUCAGUGGGCACAAAAUGUUUUAGUCACCCGUGACUUCGCUCGUACGGUAGGGACAAUGCAGAGAGAAGAUGAAUACCUGCGUCCCGUCAAUUGGAUCGUAAUCAGUGACGUUGGCCUGCUGGUAAUCAUGAGCCCGAACGAAGUGGACAUACUGCUGCCCGAUAUCCGAAACAGCAAUGUGGUUCACUUAUGUGUCUAUACUCCUCGCACCACAAACACGAUGAAGGCAUGCGAUGAUCUUCAGCUCUACCGUGUUCCUUCGACACCACAUCUGACACCAUCGGAACCGCUGAUUUGCCAGCUCAACCUUUUCGCGGGUCAACUCUAUUUUUCCAGUUACGAGAUGUAUCUCCACACUUGCAACUUCUUAGGGCUCAACGCGCCGGAUUUGGAGGACAAGGACUUGAUAGCCGACAGUGAUGGAUUUAUCAAGGAGGAGAAACGCCCUUCUGCGAGAGCAUCGUGUUCGUUCAAACGAUCCCAGCUUCCCCCGCUGAAGGAGUUGUUUGGAAUGAGAAGGAAAGGCAUGGGGUAUCUGCCAACUCACCUCGGAAAGAUGUUCAAUGGCCGCAUUCUGACUGAGGGGGAUUUUCUCGACUGAGCGGCGGUCUGUUUAGCGUAUGUUUUAGCGCCUUUCUGCCAGAGAUCUGACUAACUGUAGUUCUG